AUGGAUGAAUGUUCAGCAGGAAGAUUAGACUUGACUGAACAGACUCCUAUCUUAUUAGGGAGUAAAGCCAUGACAGCUAAUCUCAUGGAUGUAGGAGACUCAUUUGGUGACGCAGCUAGUACUUUAGUUAAUAGAUCUAGAAACUCAUCGGUGGAAGGUGAUGAUGGUGAUGAUGAUGAUGUUGUGUUUAUUGAAUCUAUACAGCCUCCUUCAAUUUCUGCUCCAGUAAUAGCUGAUCAAAGACAUUUUGUAUUUCCUGCAUCAAGAAAUAAAAAGCUUCUAGGACAUUAUUCUGUAAUUCUUCCUUCAUCAAGAUAUUUGGCUUCUCAGAAGGAAAUACAAGUGAGACAAUUGUUAUUGAUGAUGAAGAGGACAUGGAAACAAAUGGAAGGGAAAAGACAGUUUCUCCCAGUUUUAUUGAAUGGGGUUUUCCUGGAACUAAAAACAGAACCAAAGAUUUGGAUUUCUCCACUUCCAGUCUUUCAAGAAGUAAGACCAAGACUGCAGUAG